GGGGUGCGGCGGUAGUCUGGAGCGGAAGCGGAAACUCGGCCAUCUCCUCCUGACUUGUGUGUUCAGGAUAUACCAGGGUCAGUCCACACGAUCCCAUUCGGAUAUUUUCUCGUUCCGUUUCGUUCCCAAUGUGGCCCAAGUUUUGUUUUUUCGUGUGAUCGCGUCACACUCGGCCGUCCUCCGAAAGCCGGACAUGCCCCCCGCAGUUAAAUCUCGAGCCCUUUCGCAGUCCUACUGGCCAACUAGCAUCAGCUAGCCUGGCUAGCUAAUCUCCCCUAGCUGCAAGCAGGCAAGCAAGCGAUACCUUUGACCACUCACUGCGUCUGGGAUUUUGGGAUCCAAUGUUGCCACUGGAAGAACAAGACGCAGGUUGCUGUGAAUGAGUGGCCCAUCCGAGCGAAAGAUCAGCACGCAUUACAAGAAGAGAGGCCCUGAUUCUUCAUUGUUCUUGUGUUAAAGAUUCCAACACAGCUCGACGGCUCAACGGUUGCCAUGUCGACCUCAUCGCUACGGCGACAAGUCAAGAACAUCGUCCACAACUAUUCAGAGGCUGAAAUCAAGGUUAGAGAAGCGACAUCUAAUGACCCGUGGGGCCCCAGCAGCUCUCUGAUGUCAGAGAUAGCCGAUCUGACCUACAAUGUUGUGGCCUUUUCCGAAAUCAUGAGCAUGGUGUGGAAGCGCCUCAAUGACCAUGGCAAGAACUGGAGACACGUGUACAAGGCUAUGACUCUUAUGGAAUAUCUCAUCAAGACUGGAUCUGAGCGUGUCGCCCAGCAGUGCCGAGAGAACAUUUACGCAGUCCAGACCCUUAAGGAUUUCCAGUACAUCGACAGGGACGGCAAAGACCAGGGUGUGAAUGUGCGUGAGAAAGCCAAACAGUUGGUGACCCUACUGAAAGAUGAAGAGAGACUAAGAGAGGAAAGGAUCCACGCCCUCAAAACCAAAGAGAAGAUGGCACAAACCUCCAGUGGUGAGACUUAUUUUUUUGUCCAAGUGGUGAUCUCACCACUCCAUAAACACUCCUCCCUGCAUACGUUUAUUCAUAUUGUUGCAGCUUCUUCCGCGCCCUCUGCGCCCAAUCUGGGUGGCAGCCUGUCCCUGGGUUCUCACUCUGGAGGUGCUGAUCCGGAGCAGGCGUGGCCACAGAGCUCUGGAGAGGAGGACCUGCAGCUACAGCUUGCUUUGGCAAUGAGUAAAGAAGAGGCAGAGCAGGAGGAACGAUUGCGCAGAGGCGACGAUUUGCGACUGCAGAUGGCCAUCGAGGAGAGCAAGAGGGAGAAGGCAAAGCCAGAAGAGAAUGCUCUUAUGGAACUGAGUGCUGUGGACCCCUGGGGGGCUCCUGCUGCCGCCGCCCCCACUGUGGGCUCAGCCGGCCCCUCCCCUCCACCAACCCUUCCCAUCGCCACUUCGGGCCCAUGGGGCACAACGGCCACAGACCCAUGGGGGGUGGCAUCGCCUGCUUCCCCAACCAGCGGCGACCCCUGGGGCGGAGGGGUGCCGCCUCCAACUGUAGCACCUCCUCCCGACCCCUGGGGAGAGUCGUCCAACAGAGUUAAUAAUGUAGACCCCUGGGGAAGCUCAGCUGUGACACCCCCCAGUGUCGACCCCUGGGGCCCCACAGUGCCAUCCAGCACUUCCUCCUCAGGGGGGCCAGUAGACCCCUGGGCGAAGGACGUGCCUGUCCCUGCCUCUGACCCAAUCACCCCCGACAUCUGGAAUGACUCCGCCAAACACACUAACGGCACAGGAGAUCCCGAGCGACGAGGGUCCUCAGCCACCGCCUGCAAUAGCACAGGCUCGCCCGUACCCUUUGACCUCUCCUCCCUCGGCUCAUCUCUACCUGUUCGCAAGACUCCCGAGUCGUUCCUCGGGCCCAAUGCAGCUCUGGUUGAUCUGGACUCACUCGUGUCAUCCAAACCCAAACCCAAACAGCCGCCACCUCCUUCCAUCUCCUCAUCGUCGGCGCACAACCCCUUCCUCCAGAACACGGGCUCCUCGUCAGCACCCGGAAUGGCCGUGACCCCGGGCAGUACCAUCUCCAGCCGUGGGGUUUCUCCAAGCCCGGGCUCAUCGAACCCUUUUGGCGUGGCUCCGUCCAUGACCUCCGUUUCACCUCAGCCAUCGUCCCUGGGCCUGAGCGGCCUUCGCACCAGCCCCGUGCCUCCCAACCCGCUGCUGGGCAUGGUGCCCCCCAGUAUGGGCCUGGGGCCGAUGAGCAUGGGCCACCCGGGAAUGGGCAUGGGCAUGAUGCAGGCUAGCCCCAUGAGCAUGAGCUACAGCGGGCUCUCCCCGAUGGCGCCGCCCACUUCUGGUAUGCUGGGUCCCGCGGGGGUCACGCCGCCUCAGGUGAUUUUGGGUGGGCCCGGCAGGGCAGGAGGAGUGAUGGGUGCAGGGAGCACGGUGGGAGGCGCAGGAAUGACGGGAACCAGCACUAAUCCUUUUCUUCUUUGAGGACACAUUUUGAACACCCUCUGUCAUAACCUGCUGCUCCCUUUUUGUUCAACACACACAAAAGUCCUCCACAUAUUUCAAAGAAAAUCUGAUUUUUGUUUUUUUCUCCAAAAGCAUUUCACCGAGGACUCAUUUUACCGCAUACAUUUCAAAAGUUUAUUUUGUGUGUCACUGGGAAAUAGAGAUCUAUUUAUUUAGUCGUCUUCAUGCUCUGCGUGACGCGCACAGAACGAGAAAAAGGCGCUGCCACCAAGGACAAAUAAUAAAGCGAAGGAAGAAACUGCCUCCUCUUCCUCACGUCUCUCGACAAACUGAAUCUGGAAGAGGAAAAGCGUGCAUGAAGAAUGAUUUUUAACAAACUGCACAUGGACUGAAGAAGAAAAAAAACAUUUCAGGUUCAAUGUGGUCAAAUCAUUUCAAUUAAUUUAAGCCUAAUUUAUUGUAUUUUUCCACUUUUUGGGAACAAUUAAGGAAAAUCACAUGUGAUCAUGCCAUAUAUAAAAUCAAAAGCUUAUUUUUCUCAUUUUCCUGAUUGGUGUGAAAGCUUAAUUGGAACUGAUUGAUCUGGGACUGAUGUGGAAAGUGACGCGAUAGUGAGAGAUGACAGAAGCUUAUUUGUGCAAAUCUAAAAUAUUUCCAAUGCCUUUCUGUGUACGUGUUUUUAAUGUCACCAUUUUUUUUUUCUUGUUCUUUCUCUCCUGUUUCAGUGACUCCACAGGAAAAAAAAUUUGCAUCAAUUCAUUUUUGUUUUUAAGAACUAACCUGUAUUACUACUCUGCAAUGUUGGGGUAUCAAAUGCGGUAUUAUUAAUAAGAGUCGCAUAUUUUGGCCGCCAAUCAGAUGUCAUGCUUGAUCGUCGACAACAUUUCAACCCCGUUUGUACGUCUCCCGAAAACCGCGUUGUCCUUGUGAUUUGACGGUAAAAUGAACGAAUUGCGGAAGAUGACAAAAACAACAGACUUGACAUGCUCCAUGCUGUUCUUUUAAUUUACACAUUUUAUAUCAAGAAAAACAAAUCUUAUACUUGGAUAAUCCUGUGCUGUUGCCUGUGAACAUUCACAUUUGACAAAAUGGAAAAAGAUGGUUGGGGAAAAAAAAGCGAACAGGAUUGUGGAGUUAUGGCUGGUUUCAUGCUUGUGCUGUACUUUGUCUUUAUCCUAUUUGCAAUUUUUACUGCUGCAGAGUACAAUAAUGUGACAAGAAUAAAUGUAUAUUUUAUUUUCCUUGA